AUGCAGAGUGCAGGAGCAAUUACUAAUGCAACCAGCUAUUUGUUAUCUGAUGUUUCAAAGCAUUUGUUUGAAAAGUUCUUGUUAUUGCAGAUCCUGGUUGUAAUUUUCCUUUAUAUAAACUGUUUAAUGAUAUUCACAUUUCUGAAAAAGGAUGUGUUUAGAGAAGAAACUAGAUAUAUUUUGUUUGCACAAACUCUAAUUGUGGACACUGCUUUCAUUUUGGAAUCUAACUUGCUUGCUGUUGGAAAUUAUUUUCAAUACCCUGUUAACAUGGCCAUUUGUACUUUAAGUUUGUUCACUCAGAAUUUUUUCACCUGUUGUACACCACUGACUUUGGUGGCAAUGUGUUUGGAACGCUAUGUGGCUAUAUGCAUGCCUUUAAGACAUGCUGACAUUUCCACAAGUAGGACCAGAUUAUAUGGGCUUGUUAUCAUAUGGAGUAUCAGUUCUAUAAUUCCAGUGUUUAGUUUCAUAGGAUACUGGGCAGCAGCCCCACCUUAUGCUCUCUUCUCCUCUGCUGUGUGUAAUACAGAGACAGUGUUAAUUAAAGAAUGGCAGGCACAUGGUCGUGCUGUAAUGUAUGUUAUUCUUUUUCUUUUCAUGGUCAUUAUUAUUGUCUUCACCUACAUCAAGAUAAUGACUGCAGCCAAAGCUGCUUCCUCUGAGAAAAAGAAAUCAACCAAAAAGAGUCUCAGAACUGUGCUGCUUCAUGGUGUUCAAUUGUUUUUGUGCAUGAUGCAAUUUUUUAACCCAUACAUAGAAAUGGCAUAUUGGAAGGUUGAAGAAAUAACUCUUAGGAAUGUACGAUAUUCCAAUUUUAUUGUUUUCUUGUUUGCACCACGUAGCCUUAGUCCUUUGGUUUAUGGUGUCAGAGAUGAAAAAUUUUUUAUUGUCUUGAAACAUUGUGCUUUUUGUGGUACUGACCACCUUUUGUCAGCAGUGUUUAAAAGCAAAUUAAAAAUAAGGCCAGUUUAA